CUCCGCCAUAAGUGACUCUGGGAGGGGAAGCAGAACAAACUGUAAGCUGCUGGCGGAUCCAUCUUGCUCGAAAAAGAGGCGAGGGUGAAGGCUUUUCUCCAGUUUAGCGUCUAAAAUACUGUAUCGUCCCCCAUUAAGCGCGCUGGGGAGCCCGAGGAGGGGCUGUGCCGCUGUUUGUAGGAUGUCCCGACAUGAGGGUGUGAGCUGUGAUGCGUGUUUAAAAGGGAACUUUAGAGGAAGACGAUUCAAGUGUUUAAUUUGCUACGACUACGACCUGUGCGCAUCGUGCUACGAGAGCGGAGCCACGACAACAAGGCACACCACAGAGCACCCCAUGCAGUGUAUAUUAACCAGGGUAGACUAUGACUUGUAUUAUGGAGGAGACACUUUUUCAGUAGAGCAACCCCAGUCAUUCACAUGUCCUUACUGUGGCAAGAUGGGCUACACAGAGACGUCCCUACAGGAGCAUGUUACCUCAGAACAUGCAGAGACUUCUACAGAGGUGAUCUGUCCAAUAUGUGCUGCCUUGCCCGGAGGAGACCCCAACCACGUCACAGAUGACUUCACAGCUCACCUCACACUUGAACACAGAGCGCCAAGAGAUUUAGAUGAGUCCAGCAGUGUUCGGCAUGUACGCAGGAUGUUCCACCCUGGACGAGGACUGGGCGGUCCCAGAGCACGACGGACAAAUAUGCACUUUACUAGCGGCUCCACAGGCGGACUUUCAUCCUCCUCAUCACAGAGCUCCACUUACACCCCCAGUAAUAGAGAAGCAAUGGACCCAAUUGCAGAGCUGUUGUCUCAGCUGUCAGGCGUGCGGCGUGCAGCAGGGGGACAGAUAAACUCAUCAGGGCCUUCAGCCUCUCAGCUCCAGCAGCUCCAGAUGCAACUACAGCUGGAGCGGCAGCAGGCUCAGGCAGCACGACAGCAAGUGGAGACGGGCCGCCACGCAACACGACGCAGCAACAACCCAGGCAACACCGGCACCGCCAUCCCUCCACCCAGCACAGCAACUGCCAACACCGCCACUGUGGGUGAAAACAAUCCCUCAUCCUCGUCCCACAGCUCCCAGUUCCUAUUAGCACGGUUGAAUGAACCUAAGAUGUCUGAAGCAGAGCGGCAGUUUCUAGAAGGAGAGCGCGCGGACCGCAGUCUGUUUGUCCAGGAGCUGCUCCUGUCCACGCUGAUGCACGAGGAGAGCUCUUCUUCUGACGAGGAAGAGCGCCGAGACUUCGCCGACUUCGGAGCCAUGGGCUGCGUGGAUAUCAUGCCUUUAGAUGUGGCGUUGGAGAACCUCCAGCUUAGAGAGAGAAGCUCUACGGGGAAGGAGCCUCCGCCGCCUCCUCUUUGAUGUCCGAGCAUCAAGCAGACUGUGUCCUCUCUGCUGCAACUGUCAGUGAUGGGCAGCAAACAGCAGCAGUCCUCCCUGGCCUCACCCCUACUUUUUCCCUCCUCUAUUUUCUGAGUUUGUUUUUGGUGAUUGUAAUUUCAGGCCUGUCACCAUUUUUGUUACAUUGUAAACAAAAAUAAAUGAGAGCAAGUGGGAUAAAUGUGCGAGUGCGCAAUAGCAACUGAGUGAGCGAGCGAAAGAAGAGAAAUAUAUAAAUAUAUAUAUAUAAAAUAUAUAUGAAGUUGAUAAUCAAUCCACAUAACGUUUCUUUUCUUUAUCAGGUAAAUGUUACAGGCAGCUGUGGCAGACCUUUGCUUCCUGUGACAUGCAAACGGCUCUCCAUAUAAAUACUCCACAUUCAAAAGUCACGAGGGUGUAGGCUCCUCUGAUGAAGCUGCUGUGUGUGUUUAUGACUAUUAAUAAAUAAAAAGUGCUUGGAUGGGUUACCAUAACUACUGCAUGCAGUUAUUUGCAGCGUGCAUGACGUUUAAUGACCUUGUCAUUAAAACUUUUUAAAAAAUAUCCCAAAGCUUUCAACUGUUUUUAAGUGGCUAUUUCAAAAGUGGAAAUUGAGUAGUUUACUAAACUGACAUGCAAAAAAAAUUAACUCUAACAAUAUGUUUUGUUAGGUUUUCUUUGAAUGAGUCUAUAAUGAAGAGAAAAUAAUUGGAUUCUGCUGCAACGUCUUUUCCCUGUCUGAGUUGAUGCAGAGCUGCGACCACAUGCAUCAGAUGAAUACUUGGAGCAGAAGAAAAGAUUCUUUUCCUAGCUGUUUAUGUUUAGUGAUAAGCUGUUUAGGCACAGUAUAAUUUAUAGAUACGUACAGACGCCCAACUACAGUAUGUCCAUCACUCCUUCACACUCGCUUCUGGCCUUCAUUCUGCUUACGUAAAGGCCUGGUGUCAGACCACAUGCUUCAGAAGGCUUGUUUGAAUUUCUUUGCUGGGUAACAGGAGCUUGAGACUUUUCACACUGCAGUUGUUGUUUUUUUAAGAGAAGGCAUUCUUAUUUUUCUGCUAAGAUUAGCACUUUCUAUUUAUUCAUGUUUGUUUGUUUUCUGAUUCUUUUUUUGAGCCUUGAUAUGAAUCAUGCCACCUUCAUGCCUAUACUUUUACCCUCUAUGUAAAAUACAAUGAGAUGUAUAUUGAAUUUGUGCGUUAACUUUCAUAAUGGUUCUAAGACAUGGGCAGACAUCUUUUUUUAAAUGUAAAUUUAGAAUACAAUAAAUCUAAACUGCGCACAGCUUUUGAUGAAACCAAGAGACCAUCACACUUUGGACCUUGUGUUGUUGUUCUUCCACAGUAGGGCUGCAACUCACGAUUAUUUUUUAUUAUCGAUUAAUCCCCUGAUCAUUUGCUGGAUUAGUUGAUUAUUCGUUUGGUCUAUAAAGUGUCAGAAAAUGAGGAAAAAUAUUAAUCCAAGUUUCUGAAAGUGCAAGAUUGUCAAUCCAAAACCCAACGGUAAAAAAAUGAAGCUAAAAUGGCAUUUUUGUGUAAAAAAUAACGCAAGAUAUUAAUUGAUCAAUAUAGUUGGCAAUUGGUUUAAUCAUCUGUUGGUACAUGAACUGAAAAUCUUUGUCUGCUUAAAGCGAGAGGAUGGGAACAUUUGCAGCUCCCUCGCUUCUAAAAUGUGACUUUAACGCUCCUAUUUAGUAUUUAUCAGUAUUAAAUAAGUGUAAUUGUAAGCAGAUAUAAAUCUUGUAUGAUGUAUUUGUCACCAACUAUUAUGUAAAAUAUGUAAUAAGAUAUAGGGUUGUAGUUGAGAUUGGAAGAAUAUCCCACAAAUCAAAAAUAUAUGUAAAUAUAUAAGAAAAAAAGCAACUACCAA